GUUUCAGCACCUUGUGAAAAAUAUUAUGGAUUUGAUUAGUAAAUGGACAUGCUGUCCAUUAUUAAACUAUUUUUAAGUUUACAUUAUAAGUUGUACCUAAUUUUAAAAUAAUGGAUCUCUAGAUAACUGUUGGCUUUGGCUAUGUAGUUUGAGGUUUUUCUCUUAAGGUCCAAGAAGCAAACAAGUGUGUAAAAAUGGCAGAAUCACAAAUAGCAAACAUUGUUAAUGAAAUACUUGUCCAAGAAGCAAACAAGUGUGUAAAAAUGGCAGAAUCACAAAUAGCAAACAUUGUUAAUGAAAUACUUCAUGUUGAAGCUGUAGAAGAAGCUUUUAGCUGUUUCUUAGUACAUCAACCUGGCCAGGAUAAUGAGGUUUUGAAUAUGCAUCUUAAAAAGUUUUCUGCUAUAAUGGCUAGUGCAACUGCAGAGUAUCAAGAUACAAUUAUCCGCAAGUACUUGGCCCUGACUGCAGUUUUAACCAACUGUAGGCACAUGAAGAAACUAAUCAUCCUUUUGGAAAACUUAGUAAACACAAAUGUUAUUCAAGCAAGGAUGCUAUGCGAUAGCGUACUUUCGUGUGAGAGACUAAAAUAUCAAAAUGCUGAGUUUUGGAUAGAGUGCUUCAAUUUGAUGAGAAGAAUAAUUGGUGGUGUUGAUUAUAAAGGAGUCCGAGAUGUCAUGAAGGGUUGUCGAGACAAAGCUCUUACAUUACCAGUAAAAUUAAGUUCCAGUACAAUGCCACAAAUGAAAGCUGUGCAUAACAUACUGGAAUAUAUUUUUGACCGAAAUGCAUCACUUUUACCUGCAUACUUUAUAGUGACGGAGAUACAAAAAGAUUAUCCUGACAACAGGCAUUGGCCGCACUGGCAACUAUCAAAACUAUUUACAAAAUUCGUGGAAAGUUUUAAGCCGUGUGCACAAAUGGUAACAAUAAUUGGUCACUCAAAAAUGUUGCCAAUAGUUGAAUUUUCCGGUUACGCCGACCACCUUGUGAAUCCAUGGCGGCUUGAUCCCACAACAUUGAAAUUUUGCUUAAAAGGAAACCUACCAUAUGACGAUGAGCUGUUUAAGCCUCAAAUUGAUUUGUUAAAACAUGUUUUACAACAGCCAUAUUCACGUGACACGAUGUGUUCGAUGUUAGGUCUUCAAAAACAGCAUAAACAAAGAUGUAUAGCAUUGGAGGACCAAUUGAUUGAGCUGAUGAUAUUACCAAUGGAACGGGGCGACCAAGAGAACGACGAAGACGAAAUGUCUUCGACGCAUUGGUGCUGGCUACAUCUAUCGUCACAAGUUAUUUAUUUAAUAUUGAUUGGUUUUGCCUCAUUUCCAAAUAUAGUGAUGGGGUUACAUAGCAAGUUGAUAGGGCAAGAUAUGAAGAAAGGUAGGGACCAUCUGAUGUGGGUGUUGCUUCAAUAUAUAUCUGGAAGCAUACAAAGGAAUCCUUUGUCAACCUUCUUGCCGAUUAUUAAAUUGCAUGAAUUGCUCUACCCUGAGAAAGAGCCGAUUCCAGUACCGGACUGUACAAAGGCAUAUUGUACCCAUCAGCUAGCUGUACUUUGCAUUUGGAUGCAUUUGUUGAAGAAAGCGGAGUCUGAACAUAAGACUAUGGUGAUGCCUCAGAAUUUGAAGCUUCAAUAUGAAUUUCUUCAACAUCUCAUGUCGUCAAACAAUGUCCCAUCACUAAUAGGCUCUGACUACCGAAUAGCGCUUUUGUGCAACGCAUACUCAACAAACCAGGAAUUCUUUGCCCGACCAAUGGGUAUAAUGAUUGAGACAUUGCUAGGUAACCAAAAGGCGUUACCCAACGGAAACCCCUCCACACCGUUACCCACUGUACCAUUAUCUAUGUGUAUACUGGACAGUUUGACCCUACAUUGCAAAAUGUCGUUGAUACAUUCUAUUGUGACUCAUAUAGCGAAAUUGGCGCAGAAUAAAACCAAUUUACCCAAUAUGAUGGCUCCGGCCUUGGUGGAGACGUACAGCCGCUUGUUGGUGUAUACUGAAAUUGAGUCGCUUGGCAUUAAAGGAUUUAUAAAUCAACUAUUGCCGAAUGUCUUUAAAUCUCACGCCUGGGGAAUUCUCCAUAACCUACUGGAUAUGUUCUCGUAUCGGAUUCAUCACUUUCAGCCUCACUACAGAGUGACAUUGCUGUCGAACAUACACUCACUCGCUGCUUAUCCACAAGCGAACCAAACUCAGCUGCAACUAUGUUUUGAGAGCACAGCCCUCCGACUAAUAACUAGCCUAAGUAGUUCGGGCGUACAAAUGCAAAUGUCCCGAGUUGUGACUGAGCCGAAGUCACUCGUGUCAAGCGAGAGUGAGGAGCUCAACCGAGUGCUUGUGCUCACUCUAGCACGUGGAAUUUAUAUGAGCGGUGCCGGUAGUGAUAGCGCUGCGGUUAAAGAGUUGCUUACAACGAUUAUGACAAACACACCACAUAUGUGGUCACAGCACACGCUGCAAUGCUUCCCGCCGGUCCUUGUCGAAUUUUUUACACAGAACCCUGCUACAAAGGAAAACAAGCAGGUCCUAAAGAAGUCUGUUGAGGAGGAGUAUCGUAAAUGGACAUCGAUGGCAAAUGAUAACGAUAUAAUAUCACAUUUCUCGGUUCCCGGAACGCCGCUUUUCCUCUGUCUCCUUUGGAAGAUGAUCUUUGAGACGAAUCGAAUUAAUCCAAUCGCGUUUAAAAUUCUGGAGCGUAUUGGUGCUAGAGCUCUGUCGGCGCAUUUAAGGAAAUUUUGCGAUUAUUUAAUGUUCGAAGUGACGAAUCCAGCCGGGGGGCCUCAUAUAAACAAAUGUGUCGACGCAAUCAACGACAUUAUAUGGAAAUAUAAUAUUGUAACAAUAGAUCGCCUGGUUUUGUGUCUUGUAUUACGACCAAACCCAGAUGGAAACGAGAGUCAGGUGUGUCUUUAUAUUAUACAACUUUUGUUACUAAAAGGUUCGGAGUUGAGAAAUAGAGCGCAAGACUUUGUUAAGGAGAAUUCGCCGGAACAUUGGAAACAGAAUAAUUGGUAUGAAAAGCAUUUAGCCUUCCAUCGUAAGUACCCAGAGAAGUUUGCCCCAGAAGAGGCAGGUGGGGCGUAUGGAGCACCAAUACCCGUUUACUUGAGCAACGUGUGUUUACGAUUCAUACCUGUGUUAGAUAUAGUAGUGCAUAGGCAUUUGGAAAUCCCUCAAGUGUGUAAGAACCUGGAACAGCUGCUGGAACACCUGGGGUAUCUUUAUAAGUUUCAUGAAAGACCAGUAUCAUUCCUAUACAAUACAUUACACUACUACGAGACGAAAUUACGGGAUAAGCCGCUAUUAAAACGGAAACUUGUGUCCGCGGUUUAUGGGGCGCUGAAGGAAGUGAGGCCGGCUGGUUGGGCGACCACCGAAGCCUUCCAGAAUUUUCUCCCCGACCCGAAUAAAGACAGAACACCGCAGAAUUUGGAAACUGAGUUCUUGGCUUGGGCCCCGGAAUUGAAUUACUAUUUGAGCUUGGUUACACGGAUGGUUGACACAAUGACGGGCCAUUCGCAUUUCCCAAACACCGAUUGGCGCUUCAACGAGUACCCAAAUCCCUCAGCGCACUGUUUGUAUGUCACGUGCGUCGAACUCAUGACCCUUCCAGUACCACCCGCUGAUGUAGCCAAUAACCUAUUGGAUGUGGUUACUAAAGGUUUCAUAGUAAUCCCAGCGACAAAGAUUCAACUUUGGAUAAAUGCCAUAGGAAUCAUCAUGGCGUCUUUACCCGAGGCCUACUGGGUUGUAUUGUACGACCGUAUAGUUGAACUAACCACAGCCUCCGAUAUGGUUGAAUGGUCCAACGAGUUCACCCCUUUUCAGCUGUUUAACCUAAAAAUGACCAAUUACGCGAUGUUGGAGAACAAAUUCAGUUUGACUUUGGCUUUGACACACGCGUUUUGGUACCACGCUGGCGCGGGCCUUAUCACGCAGAUGCCUACUUUUGUCAAAGAGAGACUGUCUCCCGAGAUCCAUACAGAAUCCCAAUUGAUAUAUCUCUGCCACCUUGUUGGUCCAUUCCUGCAGAGAUUUAACUCGGAUAUAUCAAGAGCUGUCAUGGAGAUCACCAUACUUUUAUAUGAGCUGUUGGCUCAUGUGGACAAAACUCAGGCGCAUUUGGACUUUAUUGAUCCAAUUUGUGAUUUACUUUAUCACAUAAAAUACAUGUUCGUGGGUGACACGUUGAAGAACGAGCUUGAAACGGUUAUUCGUAAACUUCGUCCCGCUCUGCAAAUGCGUUUGCGCUUCAUUACACAUUUGAACGUUGAAGAGAUCUUCUAGCAGCACGACUACUACAGCUAUACGCCUUCUAGCUCGAGUUCGAACUCAGAAUAAGUAAGCUGUAGUAUUAUCCUACGAUUGUCAUAACGAAGCUUCCAGUUACAAGAAUCGAAGUGUCGAUUGCCAUAAUAAACGAAGCGAUUAUUUAAUUACAGAUAUUAGCACGGAAUAAAUAAAAAAGGUUUGGAAGGGAGUUUGGUUGAAUUUUGUUCUAGUACUGAUGUUGUCUACUUUAUCCAUACAAAAUCUGUGAAGUGUUAAACAGUCAGUUGCUUUACAGUUGCGGCACGCUUGCUGUGCAUACACAACUCUUCCAUUCUUAUUUAUUUGUUCCGUUGAAGCAUUGAUGUCAAACGAAUAAAUGAUUUAGAUUUUAAUUAUAUUUGGAAAUCGGAAAUUCGAUUAUCCAUUGGUUACGAAGUUUCCAUUUAAGUGGUUGGAAGUACGCUUUCGACGAUUACAUUUAUAACGCGAAAUUGAUAAAUUUUGAUAUAGAAUGGUAAAUUAUUAAUAUGGGUUCUAUUAAUUACGUUUCGUAUAAGGAUAAUUUCUUAUGAAUUGAGAAAUAUCAAGUAAUUAAAUAAAAUUGUUCUAUGAACCGAGAUCAUCGAAUACUUAUUAAUAACGAACAUAAGUUUGUAUACAGAAUGUUUUGCCUUUUUUGACAUGAUUAGUGACUUGACAUGACAAUGACGUUUGUCUAGUGACAUUUUCUAGCUAGAUCAGAACUUCUUAGGCUUUGGCUUUAUUGUUCGGACAUUGGAAAAUUCUGUAUUUUUAUAGCAACAUUUUUAAUGUAUUCAUAUACUGUAGUGAGUGUAUUGAAGUUGGAAGAGUAUAAAUUAUUUAAAAUUGAUAUAUCAUACAAAAAGCAUUGCUAUACAAAAAGAUAUGUCGAACAAUAGGGGCAAUACAUACCCUUCACCCUGGUGAAGCCUUCAUAGAAUAGCAAUACGAAAACAUCUCUAAAUUUUAGCAGAGGAAGGAGUCAUGAGUAAAAACGUCGCACCAACGAGAAUGAUCAGAGAGCGAGGUAAAUGUAACACACGCUUUUGACGUACUGGAGUCAUACAAGUCGAAAUCUUACAUUUAAAAUGUCAAAACAUUCUAUAAAAUUAUUAAAUGAAAUUUAUGCUAUAAAUAAUUUCUACGAAAGUUAUAGUAUACCAUUAAGAAUAAAUCAUAAUUGUAAGAAUACUUAACCUGUUUUUAAUUAAAAUAGAUUAUAGACUUUUGGUCGACAACAGGGUACAAAUGUCACGAAAUGAAUUUCGUGACAUUUGACAGGAAAAUAAUAUUCAAGUAUGCUUUUUGUGUAUGAACAAUUAUGAUCAAUUUAUUGUAUUAUUUUUGCUAUAUAAUUAUAAGUAAUAAUGUAAAAUUUAGAAACAUUGAAUUUCGUAUUAAAAUGACGCGUCUUUGAAUAAGUGGUGAUCAAAUAGUUUAGUCUAUAAGAUCUGUUUUAAUAGAUUUUUGUUCCUUAUCUCCUCGAUAACACGAAUAUUUUUUGGUAUAUUGUGCUUGUAUAACAUUCAAAGACAAGAUACUUUGGAUAAACUUGUCUCUGGAUCGAAUUGUCAAUGUCAAUCUACGAGUGACUAUACUAUGGAAAUGUUGCGUUUUAAAUAUUUCAAGGAUUUAUGCAAAGUUACCGCUUUACAGUUUAAAUUCGUAUUUAGUUAUAUACAGCCACAGAGUGCUGCUCGAAAUUUCUUAUUAUUAUUUCGUUAACGUAUAUCUGUGUGUGUCUAGAUUUAACGACAUUCUCAUACUCUAUAUACAGGCAAAUCAUAUCUAAACCCCUUUAAAUUCCACCUACGGAACAGAGCUCAUUGUCAUCUUAUAAGUCGUCGCUUGUUUAUGGUUUUCUACAUAGAAUGAAAAUUUGUUUAUUAGCUGUAUCUUGUAAUAUAAAAUUAUACGAUUCACGAGUCCAAAUUGUUAUUAAAUAAAGCAAAUUUCGAAACAGACAUUUAUAGUAUUGUUAUUCGUAGAUGUUUUAGGCGUAAUAAAAUAGUCUGACGUAAGCAAUAAAUUAUUUGUGAAUAAUAUAAUCCAUGAGAUCUCGAGCUGGUUGUAAGUCAAGAAAUUAUUUUUUCUAUAUUGGUUGUGAACAGUGAAGCUCCACUUGGACCGAGAGGCAGGAUUUUAUAUCGUAAUUGCAUUAAUAAUAGUAAAACUGUUAAUAAAUUAUAUAACAUAAGUUAGUGUGUUAAAUAUUCGUGGUUAAUUCAGCAUUACAGAAGAAAUCGUAAACAGAGAAAAUUAAUUAGGACGAUAGGAUAGCUGAUUUUCCCUACAAAUAUGACAUUUUAAUUUAAUAGCUUAAGUCAGGUAGAUCCUAUUCUUAAUAUUCGUAUUUCAUUUGAAGAAAAGAGGGAGCUAACUCUUAAAAGGCCGGCAACGCACUCGCGAGCCCUUUGGCAUUACUGUCCAUGGGCGGCAGAGUAUUACGUGACCUCCUGCCCGUUUAUAAUACUGUAAGUUAUUAAGGGCCUAAAUGACGGCAUUUUUUUUAAACUAAAAUAUAACUCAUAUGAUUGAAGAUGUGUUGCCGACCUUAUAAGAAAGUGUAAGCUCUGAUUGUCCUCUUGGAUCAUCUACGUAUGAUAGGGCAGAUUGCACCAUGUUUCAGCCGUCUCUGCCAAGGAGAAAUAUUUUUUUUUAUCCUCUAAUGUGUAAUACCUUACAUACGUAAGUACUAACAAGAUGCAACUAUCACAAUAUAACUAAUUAAGAUUAAUUAUGUUUAAUAUGCAAUGUAAUCACACUUGAAUCGAUUGUAAUUAAUUUACUUA